UAGAGGAGGAGCAGCUGGACUGGCUUCAGCCUGGACUGUCGCAACCUUUUCUUUGUUUCGUAUGAGACAUAAAUUGUUCUGAUGGAGAAAAACUACCGGGUUAGGUCGGAGUAAACGUGGACAAAAGGCGGGACUCGGAGCGGUUCAGAUGAGUUCGAACAGUGCGUCAAGUGCGAAUUUUGGAUCAGAAUCGGGAUUAUUGAUCAGAGUCGUUCGGACGAACUUUUUUUUUUACUUAGAAAAAAAUAUGACCGUCUAUUAUAUUUGACUCCAUGGAGCUGGGAUGUCGUUCUCCAGUUGAGGCAGCCUUCCCUCUCUGAUUUGUAACGACAUCCAGUAUUAAUCGCGUAUUGGUCAACGGGAUGGCACUUCUUUUGCUCCUGCUGGCUCUCUUGACUUGUGCGGACGCCAAAAGCGCGUUCCCGCUCAGAAGCUCCUACAACCUAUACACCGGCGGGAAUGCGCACGCUCAAGGUGCUCGAGUCGCCAGCAGACACAGGAAUUGGUGCGCGUAUGUGGCAACAAAGACAGUAAGUUGUGUCGUUGAAGAUGGAGUGGAGACAUAUGUGAAACCAGACUACCAUCCUUGUGCUUGGGGCAGCGGUCAGUGCAGCCGCGUGGUUUUCUAUCGAACCUACAUGAGGCCCAGGUACAAAAUAGCUUAUAAAAUGGUGACGCAGAUGGAGUGGAAGUGUUGCCAGGGUUACAGUGGUGACAACUGUAGCAACGGUCCAGUUGGUGGGACAGGAAGCACCAACAGGCCUCAGCUCCAGCCAGGACAUGGAGGAAGUGGGAUGAGCACCGGACAAGGAGGCAGCAACACUGGUGUUGGACAGAAUGGAGGACACAGUGGAAGGGUCGAUAAUGAAAAGAUGAGACAGCUGGAGGAAAAGAUCCACACCCUGACUAAGACUAUUGAGGACUUGCAGUAUACCAUCACUGACAAAUCUGGUAUCAAUGCUGGUAUAUCCUCCGGAGCACGAAACCCUGCUGAUGCAGCUCAACCUGAGAUUAAAGAAACAAUCCACAGCAUUCAGACCAAACUGGAUCAACUUGACAAUCGCACGCAGGCUCAUGAUAAAACCCUUGUAAGUAUCAACAAUCAUCUGGUAAAUGGAAAAGGAAACGAUCUAGAAGGAGGUCUUCCAGGAGGAACUACGAAUGGAAAAAGUCUGAACUCACUGAAGGAGGAGAUCCUUGAAGAGCUUGAGAGAAGGGUUUCACUAUCAUGUUCCUCCUGUCAGGCUGGUGUGAAGGACCUACACAGGCAACAGCAGGAAGACCAGGAAAGAAUUCGGGCCCUGGAGAAGCAGCUUAAUGUAAUGGAUGUUCGUUAUCGACAGGAAAUUGAUGGAUUGCGGAGGGAACUAGCAAGCUCAAAGAGAUGCUGCGACAACAUCAAUGACCUCCGAAACCGCGUCACAGAUGCUGAGCGCAAGAUUAGCUCAGCGGCCGAAAGCUUUGAUGUCCUGCACAACCGCCUGAACAAAGAGCUUCAGGGAGGAAGUGACAACCGUAAUAAGGAUGCUGGCUUCAGAGGAGGGGAGAUUGGUGCUGAAGGUGGAAGAAGGGGCGGUAGUGGGGAUGGAGUGGUGACUGAGGAUAAACUAAAUAAUAGACUGAAGGAUUUGGAACGACGGGUCAAUGGGACUAUGGAGCAAACUGAACAAAGCUGUGCAUAUUUGGAAAAUGAUUUAAAGGACUACUUCCACGGAGAACUUGGUGACCUUCGGACUGUGUUCCUGGACCGCUUUGAUGAUCAAGCCUUCAGGAUUACAGAUGUGGAGCUGGAUGUAGGGCUUGUGAAGCAAAGGGUGAAUGAACAUGACAAGACACUAUCAAAGCUAGAAAACAGAACCUCCCUCAUGAACAUGAAACUGGAGGAGUGUGGCUGUAGAGGCAUGAUAGCAGGAGGGGAAGUCGGAAAAGGAGGGGGGACUACUAUCAAUGGUGGAGGCCGCGGUGACACUGCUGGUGGUGGCAGGGAAACUGGUGGGACCAGAGGUGGCACAAGUGGUGGCAGAGGUGGAACUGGUGGAAGUCAAGGUAGUAUUGGUGGAAGCAGUAGUGGCACUGGUGUCGAUGAAGGAAUAAGUGGGACUGUGGAAGGAGGAAGAUUACCGGGAAUAGGAGGAGAAAAAGAUAAUUCCACAAGGAAAUCACUGGAAUGGAGAGUGAUUGCCAAUGAGGUUCAAAUAAGACAUUUUAACACAAAACUCAAAGACCUGUCCGUGUCUGGAGACUCUCUUAAUGAUAAGGUCGUGGACCUGAGUCAUGACAUUCGCAAGAUCAAGGCUUUGACUGGGGACCACGGUGAACACUUUAACCGCAUUGUGACAGAGGUGGAGUUACUUGGGCAGGACUGCGUAAUCUGUGGGACAGUCGAGGAUGAGUUGCGGAAGCUGCGGAAUCAUUCCAGGGAUGCUUUGGGCCGCCUGCAGAACCACAUCAACCGACUUCAGUUGAGUGUGGACUCUGGAGGCGCUUGCAACCAGAUGUGCUCUCACCUGCAAGAUGAAGUUCGUCUUCUGCGAGAGGAUGUCACACGUUGCACCAAUAAAUGUGAUGGUUCUGGUAGCACUGGUUCAACCGGUACAAAUGGAGGUACCAGGGGAGAUGGACCAAGUUUGGACGCUGAGCGACCUUUAGAUGGUCACAGUGUGAUCGGCGGGGCCCUUAACAACAACCAGAUGAAGACCUUGCAGGGUGAAUUGUCUGAAGUCAUCCUGACCUUCAGCUCUAUAAACGACACCCUCAAGGGUCUUGAACACACUGUACAGAAACAUGGCAGUGUCAUCACUGACCUGGGAAACACAAAGGAUAAGAUUAUCUCAGAACUGGAUAAAAUACAACAGGAGGUGACCGAACACAUUGAGGAAAGUCGGGACCGCUUGGAUGGGAUGGACCGAGAUUUCAGACGCUACGAGAGCACGAUGCUGGUCGAAAUUGGAGACUGUAAGAGAUCUGGCGAUGGGCUAGAGAAGAGGUUAUCCAAACUUGAAGGAGUCUGUGGAAGGUUGGACGGAGUUUAUGACUCCAUCCAUAAGAUCAAGGAAGGACUUAACCAACAUGUAUCUAGCUUAUGGACGUGUUUUUCGGGUCUAAACAAAACAGUCAUUGAUCACGAAGGAAUCCUCGACUUUGUUCAGAAGAACCAGGAUGAAUUUCAGGGCCGGAUAAAGAACCUCAACUCCAGCCUGAAUCAUGUCUUGAAAGAAAUGCAUAGCUUCUCAGAGCUCACCCUGACUGGCCCAGCUGGACCUCCAGGAGAGAGAGGCUUCAAUGGGCUGCCAGGUCCCCAAGGGCCACCUGGACCUCCUGGAAGACCAGGAGAAAUUGGAACACAUGGCCUCCCAGGUCCCAGAGGAGAAACAGGACUACCCGGUAUUCAUGCUCAUUUACCAAAAUUGUCCUUCUCCGCUGCCCUCACGGUUCCCAUGGAGAUCCCGGGGACCAUUAUCUUUGACAAGAUCUUUGUUAAUGAAGGUGACUUCUAUGACCCCAGAACAGGUAUUUUUACUGCUCCAGUUGAUGGACACUACUUUUUCAGCGCCAUCCUAACAGGCCACAAGAAUGAGAAGAUAGAGGCAGUUCUUUCCAAAUCCAACUAUGGCAUGGCCCGCGUGGAUUCUGGUGGCUACCAGCCGGAGGGGCUGGAAAACAACCCUGUGGCGGAAGUCAAAACCUCUCCAGGCUCGCUUGCCGUUUUCAAUAUCAUCUUGCCCCUGCAGGCCCAGGACACAGUCUGCAUCGACUUGGUGAUGGGAAAACUGGCCCACUCUGUGGAACCACUUACCAUCUUUAAUGGGAUGCUCCUCUAUGAAGACAUGUGAUGGCUUCCCGCCAAUGUCUGAAACAUUGAAGACAUUAAAUGACAAGGACAGAGGACCUGAGUAACACAAUUUCCAGAUGAGUCAAGACAAUCCCACCAGAGGUAGCAUCAAAACAACAAUCUCAUUUUGGUAUUCAGAAUUGAUGGAGAACUUUUCUCGACAAAGACCUCAAGUAUUGAGAAGAUUAGAUUCUCUAUCAUGUAACUGAUCACGUGACCAGAAACUUGUUUUACCAGUUUUAUGUGAUUUGUCCUCUGAGCUUUCUUUUCUUCCGAGGUAGAUUAAAGCAGGACUAUACUCCACGGCUGUGUAUCCCUAUAGGUUAGCAUUAAUUCCAAUUCAGGUGUCGAAAACCUAACCUAUUUAGUAGGCAACUUUAUGUCAAGGUCAAGCUAUAUCCUGUGGUAAACAAGUGCAUGUUUGUAGGCGUAUCACCCUUCUCAAAGGUUUUCAUUGAAUCUUGCUAUCUUUGUGAAAACUCUGACAUGUUUGUUUUGUCUGAUAGUAAUUAUACUACAGUAUUCAGUUUACUGGUAUGAGUUUCGGAUUGAAUGUUUUAUCAUAAAUUGCACAUUUUUUGUUGUUGUUUAUGUUGCCAAAUGUCUUUAUGUCACUCACAAGACUAUUUUGAUUGAAAAGGAAAGUAGAUUCUAGCACUAUUCUCUAUUUGGUUAGUGUCUGCAGUUGGUUACCAGAAUUUGAUGUAAAAAGUGCACAUUAGAAUUACUGUCUUCCAAAAAGGUCAAAUGGUCUUGUUUUUUUAAUGUGUUGUUCGAAGAGUAUGUAAGGUAUUAAAUUUUUUAUUUAAUGCAGA